CAGCAACCGUGGAUGUGUUAUAUGUAACAUCCGCAACAAAAAAAGAAACCCUCCCCCCAAGGAAAAAAAUAAAUAAAGGCAAUCAAGAGCAACGACGGAGCCCUCUGAAUUGGAAUUGAGAGCAGCUGCUAUCAUCUACCGCCAGGACGGAAGGCAACCGGUUGAGUUUGUGGGCAUUGAUUAUGGCUCAAGAGCGCACUCAGCUCAUUGACUUUUGUGCCAACGGGGUGGAUCAAAUCAACAAUGAAUGUGCACUGCUCCUAGAUGAAGCAACCAGCGUCCGUAACAUCAAAUCGGACCUAUCAGGAUGUGGUCGUGCGCUGAUAAGUCUGUUAGGACAAUCAGCGUUACAUGUUUCCAAGACGUACCAAUGGCAAAGGUGCAAGGAUAGCUCACGUGGAUCCUAUGCACCCGCGCAGGAGCUUGUGCUGAAAAGAUUGGAUGAUAUCAUCUCCAUUGCAUACUCAAAGUUCUAUGCUUUUCUCUACAAAGAUCUACCCACAUGUUGGAGGCAACUGUACACGGAUGCGAGUAUUCUGAAGUUCUGCUUCCUCUUAUUCCAAGUCCCACCUGAUCACACGAAUUCGAUUGGGAAGACGCUCGGAAUAGAUGGCUCAGUGCUCACGGAACUCGUCAGGUCCCUUGAUUUGGCGCUCAUCUUGGCCGGUGCAGCAGGAGAAAAAAGAGGUCGAACAUGGAUAGACGAAGCUUUGGGAUUACUCCAGCAAACAACAACUAACGUCUCUGAAGGUGUCGGUCAUCAUUCCGACAGCGCUGAAAAUCCCGCUAAGCGAGUCAAACGAAAUAUGCACACUUUCAAUGAGCAGCGCAAUUCCAUACCGAAAGAGGCUACUGCUUUCUCAACCAUCGAGCCAUUCACACCUCCAGUGAGUUAUCCGAUUAAACGCAUUGCGUCUAUGCCUAUGGAGUCUUUCCAAGGAUAUUUAGAUCACGUGGACAAUCCAAAACUGGGACCCGAACCAAUUGUUCUCACAGGUGUAGCCGAAGAUUGGCCUGCCAGAACGACAAACCCAUGGAACCAGCCCGGAUAUCUGCUGUCCCGGACGUUUGACGGCCGUCGACUGGUGCCUGUUGAAAUAGGCCGAAGCUAUGUAGAUGAAGGCUGGGGCCAGAAACUAGUGACCUUCGAAGAAUUUCUCAAACGUUACGUUGACCGCUCUGUAUUCGCCAGAGGUGAUACUCCCAAGGACGAAGCACUUUAUGAUGACCAACACAUUGGAUACCUGGCUCAACAUCCCCUUUUCACUCAACUUCCUGUACUACGCAAGGAUAUCUUCAUACCAGACUACUGCUAUACCUCUCCGCCCCAGCAUCCCACUGAUCCGAGCAUGGAUCAGCCUGAACUAGAUGAACCACUACUAAACGCCUGGUUUGGUCCUCCGGGUACUAUAACCCCACUGCACACCGAUCCGUAUCACAACAUUCUAGUGCAAGUGGUUGGUCGUAAGUAUGUGCGUCUCUACUCACCGCUAGAAACACAGAGAAUGCAGGCUCGUGGCCAAGAGAAUGGCGUUGACAUGGGAAAUACGAGUCUGUUGGAUGUUGGGGUCUUGGAAGGAUGGGAUAGUGCCAACCAAGAUACAGAGGAUUCCCUAGGACAAGAGGCGGCAGAGAGCCAGCGGGAGACUUUCCAAAACAUAGCCUACCUAGACUGUAUUCUUGAACCUGGCGAUUCUCUGUACAUCCCAAUCGGCUGGUGGCACUACGUUCGAGGAUUGAGUGUUAGCUUCUCUGUCAGCUUCUGGUGGAAUUGAAAAACACCACGACGCUAAAUAAUUGAAUCCAAAGCAGAUACAUGAAUUGAGAGAAAGUAUAACACAUUCACAAAUAGAUGAACGUAAAUGCCAGUAGAGAUAUUUUUCCUGUUAUGGUGUUGUGGAAGCUAGCCACGCGUACACCACAUGCACGGGCUGUGUCAUACUUAUAGAGACCAUACUAUUAUCAAGUCUUAAAGGCCUUUACGCUUCUUCUCUGACUCGAUUUUGAGUUGCUCGCGGUAC